UUUUUAAUGGCCUUAAUGUAACUAAAUUAUAUGUAUUAUGGAGAAAGUUCAAAGGUCAUACCUGUGAGAUCAAGUAUUUUGGUCAGCUGCAAAAUAACUUGGAUUAAAAACGCUUUUUAGAUAUUUAUAAAAGUGAGACUUUUGUGAAAAGGUGGAUAAACUGUAUGAUAAAUGAUUUAUAAUGGAAAUUAUGUGAAAAUUUGACUUUGAAGGCUGUUUUUAAGCGUGCAAAAUGAACAAUAGAUUUUGACAAAGGAUUAUGGCGGACAUUGGACAAAUCGCGCUUGAAUAUAUUUCAAAAUGAGCGAUCCACCGCCAGACUAUGAAAAUGAUAAACCUCAGUCCCAACCUCAUGGACAAAAAGUAGGUCCUGAGCCACAACCGUAUGAACAAGGAGGUCCGCAGCAACAACCGUAUGAACAAGGAGGUCCGCAGCCACAACCGUAUGGACAACGAGGUCCGCAGCCACAACCGUAUGGACAAAUGAAUCCCCAGCAACAAUACGGUCAACAUCCGCAACCAAUGGUGAUGCAUCCCCAACAGCACACUUCCACUACCGUGAUCGUCCAGCAACCGACAGCCAUUCAGAACGACCGUAUCCUUGGCCAUAAAGACGGACAUAGAGAUUGGAGCAGUGGACUUUUCUCUUGUUUUGAUGAUGUUGGAAAAUGCAUGUGGACAUUGUGCUGCCCGAAUUGCGUACUAGCUGAUAUCUCCGCUAGGCUUGGAGAAUGUGCAUUCGUGACAUGUUGUGUUCCCGGGGGAAUCGCCACUAUCCGUACUCGUGUUCGAACUCUUGGUGGUAUCAGGGGAUCAAUCUGUAAAGAUUAUAUUGCUACAGAAUGCUGUCAACUAUGUGUCAUGUGCCAGAUACAGCGAGAACUAGAAUACAUGGGACUCUAAUCUAUGUAUAGUAACUACAUCGAGAACUCGAAUGCAUGGGGCGUGCAUUUUUAUUAUAUACUUGUAUAAAUUCUGCCAGAAAUGUAGCUUGUAUUUCACAAGCGAAUAUGAACAGGCAGAAAAAAAUAUCCGUAUUGUAUUUGCAUUGUAUGUUACCGGACUACAUUCAUUUUAUAUGCAUAACCUGACACACCUCUAUAAAUAGCGCACAUAAAAACUUCACUUGUUUUUAUUUUAACAUCGGCAAAAAUUUAAGAUAUUGUUCGAUAACAAAACAACAAACAAAAAGGUGGAGGUAUAAUUAUAUUAAAGGGGUCAUAACAACAGAAGCUAGACCUGGGACUUUGUAUUCGGCUCUCGUGGAUUUUGCAAGGACGGAUCAACACUCGGUCCUUGCGCGUCUUGUGAGAUCCGAUCUGGCAAAAUCCACUCAAGCCGAAUGCAGCACACCAGAUCGAGCUACUAUUAUAUUAACCAUAUUGUAUUAAUACAGCGAGAAUUUGAAUGCAUCCGGUACUUUAAUCUGCAUUUAAGAAUAUAUGGAACUUUAACCUGUAUUGGAUAAUAAAUAUGUUGUCGGUUC